AUGGAGCAUGAAGCUUCCUUCUUUCACAUUGAUCAACAUGUCAAAUCAACUUCUGGUUUAACAGUGCCUAUGCAGCAAGAAAACAACUAUGCGAACACAGAAACUGCAGCAGAUGGAGUUGAAAUCCCUAAUUUGAUUGGGAGAGAUAAGAGCAAGAUGCCAAUUACAAAUGUGACAAAAAUCAUGAGAAAAUUUCUUCCAAACACUGCAAAAGUCUCUGAUGGAGCCAAAGAGAUGAUUCAACUAAGUGCUACAAACUACAUAACCCAUGUAACAAGAAAAGCCAAGGAGAAGUGUCAGAGUGAGUACAGAAAGAUUAUGAAUGCAGAUGACUUGUUAUGGGCCAUUGAAAAUGUGGGCUUUGAUGAAUACAUUGGGCCUCUCAGUACUUUUCUCCAACGUUGUCGUCACUUUGAAGGAGCUAGUGCUAAUGGGCCUGCUUUUGGGCCUACUUUUGGGCCUGACCUUAACCCUCUGGAAAUGCCCCACCCUCCUCUACCACCUCCGCCACCACCUCCGCCACCCCCGGUGGUUUGUUCAUCUGGGUUAGACUUUUCCAUGCAGCAAAACACAAUAUUUGACCCAAAUGAUGUGAGCGGAUACCUAGAUGGUGUUGGUUGCUCAAACAAUGCUUUUAUCAACUUUGAUCCUUUUUCUCUCUUCCAACAGGAUCAGCUCUGA